AUGAUGGUACUUCUACCAUUCUUGCUAUUGCUAUAUGGCACACUUGGCAGAGAGCCUUCCCCCUUGUGGGAGGGUGACGACCAGAUGGACCCCGAGGGCGGCACGAUAUUCCCCUCCGAGGAUGAAUACAACGAGCUUCCCGAUGGACCCGACAACGCAGAUCUGACCCGCGCAGCGCUCCCUACCAACUUCACCUACCGGGGCCACCGGUGCAUCCAGAUCAUAAACCAGGGCUCGUGCGGCUGCUGCUACGCGGCGGCGGCGGUGGAGAUGGUCACUGCCCGGCGGUGCCUCCAGCUCAACGACAGCAGGCUUGUGAGCCUCGAGGACCUCGUCACGUGCGACCACACCAAGUAUCUGAACAUCCAGAACAACGGGUGCCGUGGCGGCAAUUCCCUUGCGUCGCUGAAGUUCGGAGAGACGACGGGCAUGGUGUACGACACCUGCGAGGACUACUGGAACCGGACGUAUCCCUACCCCACGGAGACGUGCAAGACCGUCUGCAAGGAUAAGCGCCCCAAGGACCGCACCAUUAAGAACAAGGCGCCCUACAGGCUCAGCGGCGUGGACGCGAUGAUGCGCGACAUAUACCAGAACGGGCCCAUUGCGGUCUCCAUGUACCUGGCCAACGACUUCCCCUCCAAGGACAAGAAGGGCAUCUACAGCUCCGGCCCCAAUACGAAGCUGGGGGGAGGCCACGCCGUGAUGAUAGUCGGGUGGGGCGAGGAGAACGGUGUACCCUACUGGGACUGUGCGAACACGUACGGCACCAAUUGGGGCGACCAAGGCUACUUCAAGAUCAAGCGCGGGUCCAACGAGCUCAAGAUCGAGACGUGGCCCGGUUCAGCGCUGCCUAUAGACACGACUCCUAAGCCGGAGCCCCAAAACGGCACAAUCACUGUAGAGGCGGCCAAAACGUACAUUGCUGGAUACGAGAUUGCAAUACCGUACAAGGAGGUAGCGACCCCUGCAGAGCUCCAGCUGAAGUCAGAAGCAGGAGCGGUGACGUCGCUCGUUAAGCUGACGACCUCUAGUGGCACCGCCCGCGUUACCAUACCUCGAGACACGUCUGCAGGGCAAUACUACCUGACAACCAGCACUGGAGACGCAACGUCUGCGCGCUUCUCGUUGGCGUCCUACUUCACGCUGGCAUUCGACAAGACUAGCUAUCAGGGACAGGAGGGAGAGAGCGUCACACUCCGGUUCGCUGCACCGCUCCAGGUGCCCUGCAAGUUGAUGGACGGCGCGUCUGUGCUGAUGGAGCUCAGUAAGGGGGCGCAGUCCUGCGUGGCCCCGUCGAGCAUGAGCGCUGGCAGGCAUGCGCUGACCCUGACCACGUCCGACACCGUUCCCGUCCUAUCCGCAAGCGCAGUGCUCACAAUAGAGAAGAAGCACAACGAUGAAGCAGUCAUCACGAUAUCCAACCCGGUCGCCGGCGCACAGGUGACUGCGUUGGCCGAGGGCCUGCAGAUUUCGUACGCCUCAACGGGGACGAGUGCAAAGCUGCUUCUCCAGGCGUAUUGCGGAGAGCGACUGCUGGAUGUCAUCGCUGCUGGCCUGCCUCCCUCGGGAAGCAUCGAGGUCCGCCUGCCGUCUUCCUAUGGCAACUGCUCAGCUGCGUACCUCCGACUGCGCUCAGAGACGUCCCCCUUCGCGUACGCCGAUGUGGGACCGCUGCAUGUCACGUCGUACGGCUACCCUGCAGAUGAUCUCCCGGCCCCGUCUGAUAAGAAGGAUCCCGUGCCCGACCCGGAACCACAGCCCGACCCAGAUCCCGAACCUGAGCCCGAACCUGAGCCUAUUGGCGACGUGCCCCUGCUUAUUACGGAGCCGUCUACGCAGAGUGUCUGGGUCCCCGGCGGUGCAGUUACAAUCCGAUGGACCAGCAACCUAACGGCCAGCACUGAGAUGACGAUCCUUUUGUACGAAAAGGUCGGAUCGAAAAGCUACCUGCGCCACACGUUCACCCGCUCUGCCCCUAACACGGGGCUCUAUGCCGACACUCUUCCGGCCUCUGUCCCCUCUGGCCCUAACUACUUCGUCCGCAUGCGCUCCAACAGUCCCAUGUUCACGAACACUUCGGAUGACUUUGAGGUCAAGGCGAGCAGAUACCUGGUCAGAGACGUUCCAGACGCCAUUACUGUGCGGGAUCCUCUGAGCUUCACUAUCCAUAGGCACGGGUUUGUGUUUCCCUUGCCUCGUAGAAGGUUCUCGGUCACGCUAAUGCAGGCAGGAAAGGAGGUUUGUGCACUUGACGGAGUCGAGGGAGUGGCAGGACUCAACACGAUCUAUCUAGAUAGCUGUGCUGAGAGGAUGCAGGAGCUCCGAGACAAACAAUACUACCUAAAGCUAUGCUCUCAGAAGAUGGAGUGCACGGUAACGCCGACUUUCACGGUACUAGAUGACACUCAUUGA